CAUCUCUCCGCGUGGCUUCUCUCUCCACCGCCGCUACCAUUUUUAGUUCCUCUGCCCUCCCUCGGACCUUCCCUCCAAUCUCACGCGCACACACACUCUGCCUGGUCCUCCCCGUCAUUUCCCAUCGACCGUCGACCCGUGAGCCGUCAUGGCUCACUACCAAGAGGGCCCCUACCAAAACGGCCACUACCAAAACGGUCCCCCCAACGGCUACCCCCCCUUGCGACGCAUGCCCAGCUACAACGAGGGCGAUGAUGCCGACUUGCAGCUGCCACGUCCCGAUGGUGGCUACGGUCUCAGAUCCCCGCCGCGCGUGCGUCCGCGGGCGUCUACCCACGCCCCCGUCUAUCAGCAUCCCUCCUCCUCUUCCUCCUCCUCUCACCAUUACCAGUACACCGCGUCCGCCGCCUCGUCCUCCCCCCCCUACAACCCCCAACAGUACCCCACCCCGACCGCCACCCCAACCACCCUGGGCUAUAGUCCCCUCGCCUACACCGGUCCCGCCCACCAGCAUCCGCCCUACAACCCCGCCGCCUACCAGAGCACUGGCGCCCCCGCCUUCCCCCCGCGCCCGCCCAGCCUGCCUUACUCCCAAACCCCGCUGUCCCCUACGCAGCCCCUACCGCCGCCUCCGCCCCCGCGCGGGCCGGAUCACCCCUACGGCGGUCGCGGUGUUUACGGCGUCGGCGCCCCCGGGACCCCGUACGGCGUCGCCCCGCCCCCCAUCACACCCCGGUCCGCCGCCACCCCUGUCACAUAUGGCCCCCAAUCCCCACGCUGGACUGAACGCCCCAUCGAGGACCACCCUCCGCCGCCCCCCGUACAUGCCGCACCCGUGGAGGACCCCGCCGCCAAACGAGGGAGCCUUCCACGCGUCGGCUCCGGCCGCGCUUUGCCCACCCCUCCCCUCCCUCCGCGGCGCACCGACACCCUGACACGCCACCCGCAGGCCCGGCCCCUGCCCGGCCCGCCCAUCGCUGAAGAUCGCGACGGGGUCCCGCCGCCCGCUGCCUACGACGAUCUGAUGCGGGAAGUCGAGGCCGCCGUGCAGGAAUCCCGCGGGGCCAGUGACGACCACAAUAACCAGGACGACGACGCGCUCGCCGACCUGGCCCCGGACGAGACGCACACCCACACCAAUGGCAACAUCUCUACCGGGACCGGCCAGUAUAACAUCAAUUAUGACGCCUACAGUGAUGACAGCGACGCUGAGGCCGCCGCCGGCCUCGCCAUGAUGCAGAUGGCCGACGAGGAGGACCGCGCCCUGGCCGAGCGCCGCGCCCGCCGCGACACUGACGCCGCCACCCCGGCCUCCCUGCGCAGUGCCCACGGGUCCCACUCUUCAGGUCACGCCCCUGCCACCGCCGGCGUCGGGGACCCGGGGACGUCCGCCGACUCCGACUCCUCCAACGACUACGGCUACCCCGCCGUACCUCCCGCCUUCUUUCCCGCCUUCACCCCGUAUCACGCCCGCGUCGAUGCUGGCGGCACCGGCGGCCUGGCCGACCCCACAGCCUACGGCCGGCGUGCCGGCGACCAGCCAGCCGACGAGGCCCAGGACGAGGACGAGGACGAGGGCGAGGGGGAGGAGGAGGAUCGAGAGGAGGAUCGGGAGGAGGAGGAGGAGGAGGAGGAGCAGGCGGCUUGGUCGCCCGUCGGCAGUGCGGGCGCGAGCUCCGACGCCGGGGAUAGUGGGCCCGAGGACCUGUUCUUCCACCCGGGCAUGCGCCCCCUGCCCCCCGCCCCUGUCGAGCCCGCUCCUGGCAUGCUCGCCCACCUGGUCCCGGCGGGCACCUACCGCCGCCCCCUGCCGAUAGACCCCCGGCCCCGCCGCCCGUGUGCCGCGGUCCUCCUCCCUCUCCACCCACCCCAUCGCACCGCGCGCCGAAACCCCCACCCGCUCCAAGACCGAUGCCGACCGCGCCCGCUACAAGCCCUGCCCAACCCCCAGGACCCCACCACCGCCCGCCACACCUUACCGUCCCCGGAGUACGUCGCGCCCGCUACCCCCGCCGACGCGGCGCCCGCGCCCGUGCCCCCCGUGGGCCUCGACUUACCCACGAUCCCCGCCGGCCGCCGCAAGCGGCCCAACCUUGCCAAGCUCUCGUCCGAUCACUUCCGCCGCUGCGCCGAGCCUUGGGCCGUCAGCGCCAUCCUCGCCUGGAUCCGCGAGCUGUGCGAGGAUGAGACCGACCUGCGCCAGCAGGCCGUCGUGGACGCUCUUGUCGCCCUCUUCACCCACAAGGUCCCCACCAUGAACGUCGCCGACGCCGAGACGCUCGCCGCCCGCGUUGUCGCCGGCAUGCGCGCCGCCGGCGCCCUGGUCCCCGACGAGGAGUGGGUCAGGUUCGGCCCUGGCACCCUGUCGGGUGUGCUCGUCCCCAUCACAGGCACCGGCUGUUACGCCCCGCGUCUGCACGAGUUUGCUCCUGAGGGCGUCAACGGCCGCUGCUACUCCCACCACUGCAUGCGCACCCUCAAGAAGGUCAACCUCCGAGCCCAGCCCAUGGCGCCCCAGGAGAAGGCCGCGGACUGGGUGACCUUCUACCGCGUCCCCAAGGAGGUCUGGGAGGCCCACCCGCGCAAGGAGAUCGACCGCCAGAACAACCUGCACGAGAUCGUCACCACCGAGGACGCCUUCAUCGCCCAACUCGACGUCCUGCGAGAGCUCUACCGCGACCAGCUGCGCGCCAUGCAGCCGCCCCUCCUCCCCGCCAAGCGCCUCCCCAAGUUCCUGCAGGACGUCUUCGGCCGCGUCGACGCCGUUAAGCGCGUCAACGAGGACCACCUGCUGGCCCAGCUCAAGUACCGUCAGAAGGAGCAGGGGCCCUUCAUCGCCGGCUUCAGUGACCUCUUCCGCGAGUGGAUCCGCAAGGCCCGCGCCGUCUACGUCGACUACGCAGCCACCUUCCCUCACGCCAGCUACCUGGUGCGCCGCGAGGCCGACCGCAACGUCGCCUUCCGCGCUUUCCUCGGCCAGGCUCGCGAUCACAAGCGCUCCAACCGCCUCAGCUGGGACACCUACCUCAAGGCCCCCAUCACCCGCAUCCAGCGCUACACCCUGCUGCUGACCACCGUCCACAAGAACAUGGUCCGCGACUCGGAGGAGAAGGCAAACCUGGCCCAGGCCAUCGAGGAGAUCCGCCUCGUCGCUCUCGACUGCGAUCACAAGGUCGGUGAGACCGCACGGAAGGUCGACCUGAUGGAGCUGGGCGCGCGUCUGCAGCUGCGCCCGGACAUGCGCAAGGAGGUCGAGCUGCACCUCGAGCACCUCGGCCGCGAGGUCGUCCACCGCGGCGACCUGCAGCGCCCGGGCACUCGCACCCGCUUCCUCGUCGACUGCCACGCCAUCCUCUUCGACCACUACCUGGUCCUGGCCAAGCGCUCCCGCACCGUCCGCCACGAGUGCUACGACGUCUCCAAAUUGCCCAUCCCCAUGGACCUGCUCGCCCUCGAGAGCACCACCGACGACCCCGUCGUCAAGUCCUCCGUCCGUGGUGUCACCACCUGGGGCGGCAGCGGCAGCGGCAACGGCGGCGGGGGCCACACCCUCGUACCCGCCACCGUGCUCGAGAGCUCCAAGGACGACAAGGUCCUCUACCCCUUCAAGAUCAAGCACUUGGGCGUCAACGGUAGCUACGUCCUUUAUGCCGCCUCCGCCCGAGAUCGCCGCGACUGGUGCGAGAAGAUUGUCGAGGCCAAGACCCGCCACGCCGCCGCCCUCUUCGCCCAGAAUGCCGAGCCCUUCCGCCUGCGCGUGCUGGCCGACACCGCCUUCGCCCCCUCGGAUCAUUCCCUGCCCACCCGCGGCGUCGCCAUCACCGGCACCCCGCUGGACCGCGCCAUCCGCGAGGUCGAGCGUCGCUACCCCGCCGGCCGGCCACGCCCACCCCCCGUCUGCCGUACCACCGUGCACUGCGCCACCGUCUUCGAGCAGCCCGCCGGACGCCGCAUGUGCGCCAUCGGUACCGACUACGGCGUCUACCUCUCCGCCUACGACGAUCCGCGGGGUUGGACUCGCGUCAUCCCCGUCAUCCGCGUCACCCAGAUCACCGUCUUCGAGGAGUUUAACCUGUUCCUCCUCAUCGCUGACAAGUCCCUGAUCGCCUACCACCUGGACGUGGUUUGUCCGCCCAGCGGCGUGGCCUCACAGACCACGGCGGAUUCGGCCCGUCGGGCGCCGCAGAAACUGUCCGGUGCCCGCGAGGUUGGCUUCUUCGCGGCGGGCCACAUGAAGGACCGCACACUGGUAAUGUACAAGAAGCGGGACGGCCUGUCGUCGACCUUCAAGGUGCUGGAGCCGGUUGUCCAGAAGUCGGCGUCCAGCCGCAGCCGAUUCUUUACGUCGCGGCGCGCGCAGACCGACUUCUUCCGCGAAUACGACGAGUUUUACAUCCCCGCUGAAAGCUACGGGAUCAACAUGUUCCACUCGUCGCUAGCCAUCUCUACCCACCGCGGUAUCGAGAUCCUGACCAUCGACAAGAAGCAGACUUGGUCGGUACCGGACUUUCGCACCGAGGCACCCGAGGCGCAGGCCCAGCUGCAAAGCAUCGCGCAGCGGAUCACCGGUCUACGCCCGCUGGGCAUGUUCCGGCUCAGCGACAGCGAGUUCCUCGUCGUCUACACCGACUGCGCCAUCUACGUGAACAAGCACGGCGACAUCUCCCGCAGCGUGGUGAUGGAGUUCGUCGGCCGCGCGAACUCGGCCUGUCUGUACGGCCGAUUCCUGCUGCUGUUCGAUGACGACUUUGUCGAGGUUCGCAACGCCAUGAACGGCCGCCUGCGCCAGGUCAUCCCGGGCCACGGCGUCGUCUGUCUGGAUGACGGCAGCAGUCUUCCGGGUUCCGGCGCCAACAGCAUCCCUAUGCCUUCAGGGGGGAUGGUCAACCUGUCUAGUGGCUUAUCCAACGGGCCCGCGCUGGCCAAUAGCGGUCGCACCGUUAAGAUUAGCAUGCAGCAUCCCGAGUACGAGCGUAGUCUGAUUAUCCUCGAAUUAAUCGAGAACGAGGGACAAAAGGACUGAUCUUCCCCCCCCCCUUUUUUUUUUAUUUUCUUUCUCUUUUUUUAUUGCGCAAUGAAGUGAGGCGAUCAAGCGUGGCGUUGAUUUUUGUGAUGAAUUGAUGUGCAUGUUAUACCCCAACCACUUUUUACCUCUUUUACUCUACAUCUCUGUUCGAUGUCACUGGAUGAAUGUAUUUUGAUCAUGUUUUGCAAACACGUCUAGCAUAGACAGAUUUCGUACAGACGAGGAGGGGCCAAGACCUCGUCUC